AUGGAACGCUACAGCUUCACAAAAGGGGCCAUAUUUUGCAUUAUGGCAUCGGUAGGACUUGCUGGAAACAGCAUCAUUUUGAUUUCACUCUUGAGCAGUAAAUACUAUGAACACAAGUCUGCCCCAACAGAAAUGAUCCUAAUAUACACUGGCUUGGCGAACCUGUUUAUGAUCCUGUCACGAGGAGUUCCACAUUCAUUGUUUGUUUACGGAAUUAGAAAUCUCUUCAAUGAUGCUGGCUGCAAAGUUAUCAUCUAUGUAUCUAGGGUUUCUAGAGCCAUGACAAUAUGUUUAACUUGUUUCUUAAGCUGUUUCCAGUGCAGUACCAUUGCUUCAUCCAGGUGGAAAUGGGCUUAUAUAAAGGUCUACAUGCAGACCUGUCUUGUACGUAUUAUGGUUGGUCUUCUGGUAAUGAACAUGGCGGCCUGCAUUGCAGCACCGUAUCUGUCAGUGCCUCUGAAUAACAGUACUGAACAUAAAUACACAUUUAAUUUAGGAUACUGUCUUGUUAUUUUCCCAGAUAAUAUUUCCUUUCAGGUGAACGGCUUUGCUCUGUUUGUAAGAGACUUGUUUUUUGUUGUUCUUAUGAGUGUUUCAAGUGCAUAUAUUUUAUUGAUUUUAUAUAAGCAUAAGAAAAUGGUAAGAAACAUUAAAAACUCAGUUCAAAAUCAACAGACUGCCGAGGGUCAGGCAGCUAAGACAGUAGUUACAUUAGUAUCACUUUAUGUAUUUUUCUUUGGAAUAGACAAUUCAAUCUGGUUUUACCAGAUAGCCUCUGGACUUGUACAUCCGGUUGUCUCAGAUGUCAGAUUUUUUUUCUCUGUAUGCUAUUCAUCUGUAUUUCCCAUAGUAAUUAUUUUGCUGAACAAGAAAGUACGAAACAAGCUAAAGUGUACCAGGCAAGUACAACAUGCAUUGUUGCAGACAGUUUCUAAUAUAUCUAAAGAUGUUAGUUAA